UUACGAUCAUAAUCCUCUACUUCUCACGAAGACAAACACGCUUAAAAAAAAAACCAAAUUCAUCUGUCUCUCACUCGCUGACGAAAAAUGCAAGAAAAGAAAACGGAAAUGGCAAACAAGAACGCAAAGAAGGCAAAUCUCUUAGAUCACCACUCAAUCAAGCACAUUCUGGACGAAUCCGUCUCCGAGAUUGUUAUAAGUCGUGGACAUGUAGAAGAUGUGAGGAUGAGCAAUAUAAGGUUGUUCUUGGGGACAAUUAUUAUAGUGAUUGCGCUUCUUGCUCAGUUUUACAACAAGAAGUUCCCUCAGAAUCGGGACUUUUUGAUCGGAUGCAUCGUAUUGUAUAUAGUCUUCAAUGGAUUGUUGCAGCUGAUCGUCCACUUAAAAGAGAAGAAUGCUAUCUUAGUUACUUAUCCACCCAAGGGAUCUUACACCAGCACUGGUCUAGUCGUCUCUUCAAAAUUGCCAAGAUUUUCUGAUGAGUACACACUUAGCAUAGCUAGCGCAGAUCCUAAAUCAAUUUCUGCCGGGAAACCAGUUCAGUUUACCAAAAGCAUCACCCAGUGGUCUCCCCCUCCCUUCUCUCAAAAAUUUCAGAUCGUUCAUGUUUAUGAAAUGCACUGUGUAUUUCACCAUAUUUAUUACAUGCCACAAUGUUUCAGGUUCACCAAGGAUGGAGUUUUGGUGGAGGGCCUGUUCUGGAAAGAUGUUGAAGCACUGAUUGAUGAUUAUGCAGCAGAACCAAAGAAGAGCAAGUGAUUUACCUGUUUAACAGAAUGUGACAGUUGAAUUGUUAGACAGAUAGUGCCUUGGCAAUAUUGUGGUUCGACAUAGAUGAUCAUUGAAAUUAUGGUUGUUGUCUUGGAAAUUUUUUUAGCGAAACUAAUUGAUUAUGCUUGACAUUAUCUUUAGAAAACCAUCUACAUCACUAGAAAAAUCAUUGUUGGCAGAUGAAA